AUGAGAAUUCUCCAAACUGUAAACGAAGUGCUACAAUGUACAAAUGGAACGAAAGUAAAUUGUUCAAAGUGUCAGGAAAAAUGGAACAUUUAUUAUCAGUUUUGCCCUACUUGUGAUCUCCCUCCAUGGACAAGCAAAAAUAAAAAAAUUGAUAAAAUUAUUAAAGCAGCUCAACUUGAAAGUUUUCUCGAGUGGAUCGAGUAUGAAGAAUUUAACGAAAUGAAAUUAAUUGCUGAAGGAGGUUUUGGCAGCGUAUCAAAAGCAAUUUGGAAUUCGGGUUAUAUAAUUAGUUUCAAUAAAAAUCAAAGAAAAUUAAUUCGAGCGGGACCAAGUUUUGUUGCACUAAAGGUGUUAUUCAAUUCAAGUAAUGCAAAUUGUAAUACAAUUCAAGAAAUUCAAUCUGCCGUUAUCAAUAGUCACUUUGGUAAUAUGGCAAGAAUAUUUGGAAUUUCUAGAGAUUCAGAAACGAAAAAUUAUAUUCUAGUGCUUCGCUUUUAUGAAGACGGAUUACAAUCUUUACACGAACGUCAAUACAUUCAUCGGGAUCUGCAUAGUGGCAAUAUUUUAUGCGUUGAAAAAUGUAUGGAAAAUAGAACAAAGAAAAGAAAAAUUCACAUAGACGCAAUAUACAAAAGUAGAUCGAUCUCAAAAAUUAUUGAAGAAGCUGGUGUUAAUAUCAUCGCUCCAAAUGGGUUUUUACGUAAACUACAAGAUAAUACAUUACACGACAAUUCGAUUGUCAGGACUUGA